GACGAACGGAUGUAAUUUAGUACAGUAGAAGGACAGGGACGUGUGAUAAGUGUUUAUUAACACCGUAUUCGUUGUGUUUAGUGUUUAGUGUUUAUUAACACCGUAUUCGUAGUGUUUAGUGUUUAGUGUUUAUUUAACACCGUAUUCGUUGUGUUUAGUGUUUAUUUAACACCGUAUUCGUUGUGUUUAGUGUUUAGUGUUUAUUUAACACCGUAUUCGUUGUGUUUAGUGUUUAUUUAACACCGUAUUCGUUGUGUUUAGUGUUUAGUGUUUAUUUAACACCGUAUUCGUUGUGUUUAGUGUUUAGUGUUUAUUUAACACUCCGAAUCGUAAAGAUUUAGUUUAAGUGCAAAGCGUCAUUUUGUUUAAAACUUCAGCAUCUCGUCAGUCGUUCAUUCGGACUUAAUGUUUUUUCCUCGUCUUUAUAUUACAGCGUGUUUAUUAGGAAAAUGGCAGUAAAAAGAUAACACUAACCCUUAACACUAACCCUUAACACUAACCUUAACACUAACCGAAGUGAAGCGAAGCACCAACAAUAGGUUAGACAUAAGCAGUGUUUAUUUGUCACUGAUGCGAUACUGUAAUAUCUAAAUGUCUCUAUUAUUGAUCAUAUUUGUGUUGUAAUGUCCAAGUUAAAGCAGCUGAACAGCUUGUUGUGAGCUCUGACAUGUCAUUAACAUCUGGUCUUUCAACCAGGUCCAGCAUUUCACUGUCCUCGUGCACAAAUCAAGACCCAUAAACACAUCAUUUGCCAGGGACAUUGUGUGGCCUUAACACAGCUCGGACUUCAACCUGACUGAACGUCUUCCUCAACCAACACCGGUGUACAGCCUUACCUAUGGUUUUCAUCUCGAGUCAUUUUGCCCCUGUAUAGCUGAUGUAAUACAUAGUGAAAUGAAACAAUGUUCCUCCAGGACCUGGUGCAAAAUAAUCAUGCAGAGGUACAUAAGCUGAAAACACAAAACUGACACAACACAAAAGUAAAAUUGAGUGCAAUUAGUUUUGUAACUGAGUUAGAAUAACACCCCACAACCAUGUUCCAAUCAAGUAGAAUACAUUCCCAGGACAGUGGAGGCUUCUUUAGCAGUGCAUUUGGGUCGAACUCUGGAGAAGAAUGUUCAAUAGGCACAUAUGGAUGUGACGUUCAGGUGUCCACAUACGUUUGGCCAUAAAGUUGAUUGGAAUAGACAGCACAGGAUGAACUGAGACUAAAUCAAAAGCCCCAAAUCACUUCUUUAGAAGGACUUCAGCAGAGACAAAGAUGCUUCACAGUGCUUACUAAAGAUGUUGUCAUGGCCCAGUUUUGCAGGCUCAACAUCUCUUCAGCUUCCACUCAGUAUUUCUUUUCAUGAAAGCAACCCAACGCAUAGUGGAUAACUUGCAAGAUACCAGAUGGUGUCUUACCAGAUGAUGACUAGCUAUCCUUGUGGCUGGGAGCAUUACCACAGCUGCACAUACUGCCCUGCUCUGCUUUAAUGUGGUCUGCAUCCGUUAGAGUGUUCAGGCCCCCCAGAGCAGGGGGAAGAUUUUAUAUAAAAAAAUCAAUAGGCUAUACCAUGACUAGUCUGUGUUUAUUCAAACCAUAGCUAUGCCUAAAACAUAAUCCUCAGAUACUGUCUCUUUUAUUAGAUUACUUACGUACAUACAUUGAGCCUUUUUAUUAAUUAUGCAGAUCACUUUCUGCCAGGCCCUGCUAACUGGAGCCAUUGUGUUGAAUUUGGUGAUCCUAUAUUUUAUAUCCCAAGCCCAGCAACAGAUGAUGGGGAAACGACAUGCACAGGGGAAAGGCUUAAAAAAUGCCUUUCACUCAAUGGGAGAUUCAGGGAUCAUCAUGUCAAGGGGAAUGACAGGGGACAAAAAAGUAGGAGUUCUAGAGAGUAGUAUGCAAAAUUUUCAUAUGACUGUUAUCCUACGUGAGUUUGAAGACUUUGAGAAUUAUGUAGGAGAUGUGGCCCAGUCCUUCCUGCACCACAUACCAGAUCUACAGUUUCUGGUAGCAGCAGACAGACUGCCUUACCCUCCUCUGACACUGCCUGAGAAUGCCCAUUUAUUGCUACUGUCCCCAAGCCCAGAAAAGCUUCCUCAAGCACAUCGUCCAGAAGCCCAUGUACAAUCCGAGUUUGUUCUGCUUGUGCCCGAUGGUGUUGAAUUACAGCAUCGGCAGCAACUUAAGAGGCUUGUCCAAGAGUUGAAGGCUGAGGGAGAUGGCCCUGUGCGCCUGGUUGCGGCUCCAGUGCUGACACGUGCUGCUGUGCAGUGCCUGCACUUGCAAGUGAACCUCAGGGAAUGGACAGUUACAUACUCUUUUGCGGCAUCUGGUAGUGGUGACAGUAUGUGCACUGCUUUGUAUGGUGAUGCCAUAGUUCUUCUUCGUACUAAGGACCUUUUCAACCUAUCAGUCCCACUUGCACAUCCCUUGAUGUCUGCAUUAUUUAUUCAGACUGCGCUUAGAGGCUGGAAGGUUAAGCUUCUGGACGGACCUUCAUUUACUGCAAGCCACAGGCCACUCUUUAGUUCUGCGCACAACCAGUGGAAGGCAGACUAUCAUCUCAAGGAGGCUACCAACCAACUAAUGAGAAGCUUUGGCCUUAAGCGCUUGGUCUGGACUGAUGGAAGGGACCAGUGGUUUGGCUGCAGCAAGGAGACAUCACGAUGCUUUGGCACAGUGCAUGAUGACACACCAGAGUACCUCUAUUUGGAGCGAUGGACUCCACCUUGCUGCUUGCGUGCCCUGCGGGAAACUACAAAGCACGUCAUCAAUAUCCUGGAACAUUCUGGUGUGCGCUACUGGUUGGAAGGGGGUAGUCUGUUAGGAGCAGCCAGACAUCAAGACAUUAUACCUUGGGACUAUGAUGUUGAUUUGGGUAUCUACCUGGAGGAUGUGCCCAAUUGUGAAUACCUUAAGAACCUAGAUUCAGGGUCACUGGUGGAUGCCACUGGUUAUGUGUGGGAGCGAGCAGUAGAGGGAGACUUCUACCGCAUUCAGUACAGUGAGACCAACCAUCUGCAUGUGGAUCUAUGGCCUUUCUACUCUCGCAAUGGAGUCAUGACCAAGGACACAUGGACUGGCCACAGACAGGAUGUUGAGUUUCCUGAGCACUUCCUGCAGCCACUAGUACCCAUGCCAUUUGCUGGCAUCACAGCUUAUGGACCAAACAACCACCGUGCCUUCCUGGAGCUCAAGUUUGGGGAAGGAGUAAUUGAGAACCCUCAGUAUCCUAAUCCUAACAAGAAAAGACUGAUUAGUUAAUCAGAGGUGAUUGUAAGGUCAUAUGCCGUCCCCUCCAAAUGAAGUCAACCUUUUUUUGCUUUACAUUGAAGACAUUUGGGUUUGAGAAGAGAAAAGGAAAAUAAUAUAGUGGAUAAGAAUUUCUGGCUUCAUUUCCUGCUAUUUACAUCUACAUGUGCUAAACAAGCUAGAGCAUGGGAUAACCAGUGGCAGAUCACCCAAUAUUUAGGCAUCCAGAAAUUGUACCAGCUCUGAUUGUCUUCCAUGCGAUGAAGAUUUUGGAAGUCCACUGAGAUGAGGUCGACUCUGUGAGAAUCCUGAGGCAUCUAGAGAUCUACCAGCUCCAGUUAGACUCUGCUAUACUAAGAGGAGAUGUGAACUCCAUGUGGUCUUUUGCAUCAAUACAGUCUGACAAAUGUACUAACCUUAACCCUUGCUAAUUGAUAAAUACAAACACAUUUACAUUUAGAAAUAUCUAAUAUUAAUCGUGAAUUUUGUAUUAUAUUAAUCUUUAUAUUAUUCUUUAUAAUAACCAUUUGUUCUAUGUUUAUUUUACUUGAUCUUAGUGCAGCUUUUGUUACCAUUGACCAUGCUAUUCUACAUGAUAGACUAGAACAUGUUGUUGGGGUUAAAGGGACAGUCCUCUCCUGGAUCAGGUCUCAUUUGACAGGUCAAUAUCAGUUCGUAGAUCUAAAUGGUGACUACUCUAACUAAGGCCCAUUGCUUUUCUCCCUAUAUAUGUUACCCCUUGAUGCAAUUAUUCGUAAUCAUGGUAUUAGCUUCCACUGUUACACUGAUGACACACAGCUGUAUGUUUCAGCUCAGUCAGAUGUGAGUCACCAGCUUAAUAAAACUGAAGAUUGUGUGAAGGACAUCAGACAGCAGACGCUUACUAACGUCCUCCUGCUUAACUCUGACACACAGAAGUUCUUGUACCAGGACCACAGACAGGCAGAAGUAAGCUUUCUGAUUACAGAGUAACUCUGGAUGGUCUUUCUAUUACAUCAUGUGCAGCAGUAAAAGACCUCGGUGUGAUUAUUGAUACCGGUCUCUCAUUUGAAGCUCACAUAAAUAAUAUCACAAAGGUAGCCUUCAUUCAUCUCAGAAAUAUUACUAAGAUAAGAAAUAUGAUGUCAUUACAUGAUGCAGAAACACUAGUUCAUGCAUUUGUCACCUCUAGGUUGGAUUAUUGUAAUACUUUACUGUCUGGAUGUUCCAGUAGGAGCAUAAACAAGCUCCAGUUAGUCCAGAACACAGCAGCUAGAGUCCUAACUAGAAUCAGAAGAUAUGAACAUAUCACCUCUCAGCUUGCUCAUUAGGGAUAGGGAUAGAUGUAUAGUAUUUUAAAUUUUAAGUUAAUCUUUUUUAAAUUAAUUUUAAACUUUAAUUGUAUAUAUUCAUUUAUUUAUUUUGAUCCUUAUUUUUUCUUCUUAUUAGUAUUAUAUAUUUAUUUCUUUUUCUCUCUUUGUUUCCAUACUUUUAUAAAGCUGCUUUGAGACAAUGGGAAAUUGUUAAAAAUGCUGUACAAAUAAAUUGAAUUGAUGUUCCAAUAUUUUCGAUGACCAGAAAAUGGGCAGGUUCAAACAAUUAUUUGUUAUAUUAUAUAAACCCUUUAUGACUUA